UAAAGCCCAUGGUGACUGUAUGAAUUCACUAAGGAACUUCAGUGCUGAGAUCUGAAUGCACAGGUCUGGAGUUUGGUUAUAAAUACUCAUUAUCUCCCUCUGUGUGGAUUCCAAACAGCAGUAAACAAGUGGGGCCCCAAGGAUGGCUUCUGGCCACUGGAACGAGACCACGCCCUCUGUUCACCAGGACCUGGGCUUCCAAGUGCAAACCAUCUACCCUUUCCACGACAACUGGAACACGGCCUGCUUUGUCAUCCUGCUUCUGUUCAUGUUCACCGUGGUGUCCUUAGUCGUGCUGGCUUUCCUCUACGAGGCACUCGACUGCUGCUGCUGUGCCAAGAACAAAACCGUGAAGGACUUGAAAAGCGAGCCCAACCCUCUCAGGAGUAUGAUGGACAACAUCAGAAAACGGGACAGUGAGGUGGUCUAGCCCUCCUCAGAAGAUAAACAAAAGCUUACAGCCCUCUGCCUCUUGAGGAAAAUGAAAAUUUGCUGAAGGCAACCCUUACGACAACAUUGAUGCUGACUUUGAGUGGCUCAAAGAUUUCCAGUAGAAAACAAGUGAGAUGAGCACUUCUGUGUGUGUGUGUGUCCUUCCUUAAAUACACAGUUCAUGACGGGAACCUACCAGUCUACUUAACACGGCAUCUCAAACACUAGAUGAGCUAUUCC